UCCAAGAGAACGGGAAGGAUGAAUAAUUUCUAUGCAAAUUAAAACAUAAGCAAACAGUGAUAGACACUAUUUAGGACUGUUUUUGGGCUCGUCUCACAGUUGUAUCACAUGCGCCGUGGUUGCAAGGGGCUCGGCUAUUGUGCGUUUGGUUGAAAGAUGCUUCCUUGUUCGUCCUCAGCAGUGGUAGAGAUGGAGGGCUGUGGAGACAGCGAGGUGGAGACGCCGAAAGUGAACACGGAGUGCUCUCGACUGACGGAGGAGAGAGAUGAGGCUGAACGACAGCUGAAGCACAUUAAAAGGGUUUCCCAGAUGGUGAUCGAGGAGGUGAGCGUUCUGCAGACUCAGCUGGAGAUAGAGAAGUCCUGCAGGGAGAAUGCAGAAGCCCUCGCCACAAAGCUGAACAGUGAGAACAGGAAGCUGAAGUACCUGAGCCUGUCGUCGCGGCCGUGUCUGGACGAGCUGCUGCCCAGCAUCUCCGACUGCAUCUCCCUGGAGGAGGAGGCCGACCCCCAGGACCCCUCCCCCGACCCCUACUCACAGUACCAACAACAGGUCAAAGAUCUGCAGGUGACGGUGAACACCCUUCUGGAGGACAAGAAACAGCUGGCCUGUCAGGUCCAGGAGCACCAGAAGCAGAUCGAGGAGCUCACCGCACAGACUGAAAAGGACCAAGCCGAGAUGAAGGAACUUUACAAAACAAUCGAGCAGCAGAACAAAACCAUUAAGAAAUUUAAGAGAGUGUCUAUGAUGGCGGCUCAGGAGUACGAAGGCUUGAAGGAGCAGCUGGAUCUGGAGCUGAAUCUCAGGCAGAAGGCCGAGGUCUACGCACACGAGAUGCUGGUGAAGCAGAAGGAGGCUAACAGGCAGAGCAUGAUCCUGCUGCAGCAGGCGGACCCCAGCAUCCAGCUGCUCAAGGCCCUGGAGGAUGUAGCCAACCUCACCAAGACACUGGAGGGGGAGAGGAUGCAGCACCAGCAACAGGUGAAGGCGUUUGAGGAGCAGCUGGAGGAGUGCGUUCUCCGUAAGCAGCUGGCUCAGAUGCAGAAGCAGAUGGACCUCCUGGAGGAGGAGAGGAGGGACACCGAGACGCGACUGCAGGAGGAGGAGAAGAAGAAAGCCAGCCUGGAAACACAAGUGCAAGAGCUACUGCAGGCUCAAAAGAGUCAGGAUCCUCCUCCGUCUCCCUCCCCAGGGACCGCCCCUCCCCCCGCGCCUCCUCCGCAGCCCCCUCCCCCUCCUCCCCCACCUCCACCUCCCCCUCCUCCCCCUCCUCCCUCACGCUGCAACCCCCUCAGCUCUCUCAUUGCCAUCAUGAGGAAGUCAUCUAAGGGUGGGAAGGGCGCCGUGAAGGCAGAGCCAGCGCCUGCGAGUGAUGACGAUGUGAAGGUGAAGGCGGUGAAUGAGAUGAUGGAGAGGAUCAAACUGGGCGUUGUGCUCAGGCCUGUGAAAGGAGGACAAGACACUAAGAGAUUUGGAGCGAAGCCGGCCCCUGCCGUGGAGGAAAAGCCACAGGAGAGUGCCAUGGAGGAACUCAAGGGAAUAUUGGACACGGUGAAGAAGAGCCCCAGCCGAGGCUUCCAGGAGCCAGAGAGGGUGCCGAUCAAGAAGGACACGGAGCUGGAGGUCAUCCUCAGGAGGAGACGCAAGCAGGCCUGCGAGCCAGGAGAUGAGCUAGAUGGCAAAAACAAAGUGUCCUCCCCCGGCUGUAUGAAUGGAGGAUCGCACAGCAACAACACAAUGAGUGGUGGGGAGCAGGGCCAGUCGGCCUCUGGCCCAGCCGUGGCCCGCCGCUGUUCCGACACCGGCACGGAGCCCAAGGAGAACAGGCAGUCGGGGAGCGUGCGCAGAUCCAUGUCUGAGAAGGCACCCUCUGGCACGGCCUAUGGUGCCUAUCGUGGCCAUGCUGAGAACAGCGACAAGGCAGACGACAGCAGCAGUGUGCAGGCCAAUGGGAUGAGUCCAUCUGUUGCCCCCGGAGACGAUGACCACGCCACCCUGGGGUCCCCUGCACCUGACGGCCCCAGCACAGCCAAUGGGAAACCAGAGCCGCCCGCCACCACCGCCGCUACAGCCAAUAGCGAAUGCUAGUAGCUAGGAAGGCGGGACUUUAGGCCAUUCUGCACUUGAUUGCAUUGCACAGAGUCUCCUAUCUGACUUUGUACUCACUGGUGUUGUUUCUCUCUUUUUUUGAGUGUCUGAUACACAAUUUGAAAUGAAAACGAACUAAAAAGCUUUAGUUAUCAAAAUGUAAAAUUUUAUGCAAAAA